AGGAAGUGAUGCACCUGUUGCUACUGCCUAUGUGAUCCAUAGCUACCUUCUACCUUCCCUAACAUCGAUAAUUUGUGGUGUUGUGAGCCAUCAUGAUGGCAGAAUCUGAGGAGGAAGGUGCUCCAACUUCAAGUAAGGAGCAGCAGCAUCAGCUCAGCUCGUCUCCCGGUGGCCCGGUGGACACCCGGCCUGCUGCCCCCGCGGAGGGCACGGAGAAGCGGGCAGAGCACACCCAGCCUGCUGCCCCCGCGGAGGGCACGGAGAAGCGGGCAGAGCACACCCAGCCUGCUGCCCCCGCGGAGGGCACGGAGAAGCGGGCAGCAGCAGGGGUGUUGGGAGAGGACCGCCUCGAGCACAGUGACUACUCUGUGGAGUCACCUCUGGUCCAGUUUAAGAUCAGGAAGUUCUUUGUGUUGAGGCCUGGCACUCUGAAGCAGGCCAUCAAAGACGUUGAAGCUCUGGUGGAUCAAGAAGUAGAUGGCAGCAUUCACAGCCUUUGGCUGAUGGCAGAGGUUGAUCACUGGAACAAUGAAAAAGAGCGUCUUGUUCUCAUCACGGAGAACUCGCUCCUGAUCUUCAAGUACGACUUCGUCAUGUUCAACUGUGAGCAAGUCCAGAGGAUCUCACUGAACCUUGUGGACCGCAUCUCCUAUGGCAAAUUCAGCUUCCCAAAGCGUGCUCUCAUUGAGAGAGAGGGGGAGGGGGUGCGGGUCUUCUGGGACCGGCUCAGAGAGCCCUCCUUUACCUCCAGGUGGAACCCCUUCGCCACCGACUUCCCCUUCAUCACCUUCACCCACCACCCUGUGAGGAACGUCAGUGACACAUUUGCUGCUCUCUGCGACAUCCACAAGUUCCGCGAGCAGCUCACGGCUGCAGCGCAGAAAGUCCACGCCAUAAAGCCCGUUCCUGGCAAGGCCAACGGCGUCCUGGUCCUGAAUCAGCCCAUCCACAUUGACGCGUUCGUGGGCCUCAUGUCUUUCCUCGGGAACCAGAACAAACUGGGCUACUGCGUGGCUCGGGGAAAUUUGGGCUUCUAACUUCUUUCUGCAUUUAUUCGCUGUAGUAGUUUUAUUUUCGUUUAAAGUGAUUGCUAAGAUUUGGAAAUCUUGAAUUAAUGUUGAUACGUUUGUUUACAUUCAAAUUUUACAAGGAUCACCAAAGAGUUAGGCUGGGUAAAAAAAAAAAAAUAGAUUUUUUGAUUUAAAUUGAUUUUCAUUUGAAUGAUCAAAUAUUGAUUCAAAUAAUCCAGAAUUGAUCUCUGUCUGUAUCAUAUGAAACGUGAAGGGUUACAAAACGCUCCAAAGACCUCUCAACUCAAGAUAUCUGAAGGAAAUGUUCCUCAUCCUGACUGACUAUAAACUUUGUAGAGCUGCACUUUAUUGUGUGUUCAUGUUCAGACUGAUCUCAUAAGUGUGACGAGCCAAAUUCAUACGCCAUUGUUGGCGUGUUAUAAAGACGCAUACUUACUUUUUAGCGUGUACACCAACACCGUUUGGCCUCCAUUGACUUUAAUUACCUCGCGAUGGCGAAUGAAUUUAUGCCGCAGAGAGUAGUAUGAAAGAGCAAAAAUCUGCGUAGGGAGAUUGGCCGGGUAAAACACAGGACUGUCAUAUACUUACCGGCCUUACCAUAUUCAGGUUUGCUGUGAACUGUUGAAGCUGAUUCUCAGGGUGUUCUGGAUAAGGUUGUGACAACUGUGUGAUCUCCCCCCACUCCUUAUUACCAGUGUGUGUGGUGUGUGAAUGCUCAGAAAUAUCCGCAUUUCAACACCGCUCUUCACUGGAUGACAGAUCCCCCGCUGCUCUCUGGGAGCUUUGUAUUUGCUCCUCAGUGAUAUGGUAAUUCAACUCUUUCGCAAUGGGACUCCUGUCUUCCUCCCCCCGGUGUCUCUUUUAAAAGCUCAUUCCCAUGCCUUUCUGCCCCUCCGAGAUUCACUGGAGCAUUUGUCAGUUUAGUUUCAUCCUUCGUUGUGUAUUUUUACAGUGCAUACAGUUGGGGAAUUUCCCCUUGCAUCCAGUGUGUUUACUGUGUGUCGCUCUGCCUCGUUUGCUGUCACCUGUUUGUCUUACGAGAAAAUAUAAGCGUCCAGAUUUUGUUCUCUUUUCCUUUUGUGGCGGUAUAAAAUGUGCUCUUUGUUUU